AUGUGGAAACGCAAAGCCAGCACCACCGACCUCACUAGUCCUUCGUCUUCUUUGCCCAGCCCCCAACGCCAGAGGGUAGCCGAAACGCCCCCAACUGUGAAUGAUGCACCAGAGGCCAGACCCAUAGAAGCUGAUAAGGCGGACCCGUCGCCUUCUCUUGCAGAUGACGUAACGAUCGCCGUGGCGGGCACUGUAUCGGGGCAACUCGCGCCCUCGACUGAAGCAGACCUGCCGCCGGCAGUGGGUGCCGCGGCCAUCGCCACGCCAGCGCUGCCAGCCUCCUCGACUUGUACACUGGCAGCUCCGGACGCGAGUACUGUGGCGAAGAGGCCAUUGAAACUGGUGUUGAGGAAGCCAACAAUGAUCCGAUCCCAAGUAUCAACGGUGGCGGCGACGCUGGAUGAGUCAGAACUCGAGUUGGCUCCUCCAGCCCCCGAGCCUUCGCCCGAGCGAGCCGACGCGCCGGAACCAGCAGAGAGGGCAGAUGUGGCCCUGCCUGAUUCACCGCUGCCCGAGCUCCAACACGCGGAACUCGAAGCCACUGGCGAUGAGCAAGUCGAGGCCGCCAUUACCAUACCCGCCGAAGUUGCAGAGACCGCACAGCCGUCAGUCUUGGAGGGUGCGGGUGCUUCUAGCGAAGCAACCGUGCUGCCAACCCUUGGAGGAGAGAACGAUGACACACUCCAAGAGAUGCACCUCCCAAGGGACAACCUGAGCCGCAUGCGUCAAAUGAUCAAGGCGAUCGAUAAGUUUGCCCUGGGACAUGCUACCUCCGAGUGCAGCGACUCAGAGAGUAUUCGAUAUAGCCCUUCACGUGAGCUCAUCGGGUGA